AUGGAUACCAUACACUCCCAAAUAGGAUUGCCAAUGAAACAACUGGCAGACAGAUACGCCGAUUAUUCAGGAACCGCACAUGAUCAGCCUCUAUAUUACCCGUAUGAACCAUCUCAGCCAGCUCAAGGGCAUAUUGUGCCUACAAAACACCACUAUGGAGGCGGAAGCAGCCACAAAAACAACGCUGCCAUGUCAGCUUUAACAUUGUUGGCAUUUCUAUUCUUUUUGCAUAUUCUUCAACAAUGUUUAAAAGACCAUAUGACCGCUAUGAGUACGCCGCAAGUAAUGAUAAUGACCGGUGGGAGAGAUGGCGAGGAAAGCAUCGCCAAACAAACCCAUAAUAAAUUCGACAAAACCGGCGAAUUCGAAACGGACACUGACAAUAAAAGAAAUACUUUAGGAAAAACAUUAUCAGAAAAUGGGAAUGACGAAAAUUAUUUAAAAAUAACCACUUCUGAAGAUGCGCGGUGGAGAAAAUCUCAAAAGCAUCAAAAUACUUUUAAGAAAAAUACGGAUAUUUCUGGUUUUAUCAAUCCACCCGAAGACUAU